AUGGGCGCCCUCGAAGCGAAACUCAUCCAAUCUUUCAGUUUUAUAGCAAUUCUUACAAACAUUCUAUUAGCAUACCUGAUAAUCUCGCGUUCCCGAAAGGAAAUGGGCAAUUACCGAUACCUCAUAUUAGCUUUCACGCUCGUUGGUCUCCACUUCACGCUCCUAAACUUGAUCCUGGUCCCGUUUGUCGACAUCUACAAGCACGCGUUCGUCUUCUACCCGGUCGGCGAGCUACGCGAAUGGCCGAACCUGAUGCAAUACGCCUUUUCCUAUUGGCAUGCUAAUUAUGGGUCGGUAGCCUUCAUCCUCGUCCUACAAUUUGCAUAUCGCUAUGGGAGCCUGGUGAAUCAAAAGUUAUUGCGCUACUUUUGUUUGCCCAAGAUUGGAUAUGUUUUGGGCCUAGGUCUCCUUAAUGCAUCGAUAUGGUUUAUGGUAUUUUUCCUAUCCCGUUAUCACUUGGAAGAUCAAAAAGAAUACCUGCGCGAUAGGGUUAUGGAAGUUUCCGGGUUUCCGGUAGAUGGGCUGUUAAUGGUCGGGAAUCUCUACGUGGUGAUCAACGAUCGCGGUGAAGAAGUGUAUUACCUUCCUGCUGUUAUAUUGGGAUUUUUACCCGUAGCCCUGCUCAUUUCGGCUCUUAUUUUAAUGGUAUACUUCACUUAUAAAAUCCAACGAGCUCUGAACGCCUCCGCAAUGAGCGUGCGCACGAAAAAAAAUGCAGCGCGAACUUUUUGUCGCGCUUGUUAUACAAGCCUCCUUCCCAGCCGUCCU